AUGCUCUCUUGGAAACUGGCUGCGUCCCCAGCGGGCAGCGCUCCCUUCCCACCUACUGCGGACAAGCUUGUUUCCCCCCAGCCCGGCGGCUGGGCGCUGCGUGCCGCGCGUGACGUCACAACCACCCGACCCAUCCAUCCAGGCGGCCUGUUGCUCUUGGGCAGGCAGGAAAAGAGGGGAUUUGUAGGGCCGCAGCCUGUAUCCAGUAUCGAAUACUUCAAAAGAAGAUGUGGGCAAUUCCAAGAUUUUGAAGAUGAUGAUCUUUAUGGCCAAUCGGUAGAGGAUGAUUGUUGUAUUUCCCCGUCAACAGCUGCUCAGUUUAUUUACUCAAGACGUGAUAAACCCUCAGCACUUGCUGAGCCAUUAGAAGAAGAGUAUGGCUAUGAAGGUGCAGAAGAAUCUGCCAACUGUUUUACAUCCAAUCACCAGCUAACUGGAGUCGAUCAAGCUCAUCUUUAUUCGUGUCUUGACCAGAUGAGAGAAGUGCUGGGGGAAGCUGUACCAGAGCGGGUGAUGGUGGAAGCAGUGUUGAAUAGUAAAUUUGAUAUACAGAAGGCUUUGGAUCUUGUGCUUUCACAAGACAGUAAGCAAAGUAUGAAGACCAAGAAUGAAGAAGCUGUGAUUAUGGGAAAGACAACAAAAGGAAAACCAAGAGAUUCCCAGUCAACCAAAAUUGAUUCUGAAAUUCUGCCGAAAGUUACCAAAAUGACAGUGUCUGGAAAGAAACAAUCUAUGGGAUUUGAAGUUCCAAGUAUGAUUGUUGAAGAGAAUGGCCAUAAUUCUAAUACACCCCCAAAACGACCAUUAUCUGAAGAGUCCAAUGUCACUUCUGGAGUAAUUGAGAUGGUCUCUAAACCAGCUCUUUCAUCCCAGACAAUUCAGAUUUCAGAAGAACAGACUUCAGUUCCUACUCCAGUGAAAAAACCUAGCAAGACAAAACAACAAAUAAAUGUGAAAGCAGAAUUGGAGAAGAGACAAGGAGGAAAACAGCUUCUGAAUUUAGUGGUAAUAGGACAUGUUGAUGCAGGUAAAAGUACUUUAAUGGGUCAUUUACUUUACCUGUUGGGCAAUGUGAACAAACGAACUAUGCAUAAAUAUGAGCAGGAAUCCAAAAAGGCUGGCAAAGCUUCAUUUGCUUAUGCAUGGGUGUUGGAUGAAACUGGGGAAGAAAGAGAAAGGGGAGUAACAAUGGAUGUGGGCAUGACCAAAUUUGAGACAAAGACUAAAGUUAUUACUUUGAUGGAUGCUCCAGGCCAUAAAGAUUUCAUCCCAAAUAUGAUCACAGGAGCUGCACAGGCUGAUGUGGCUAUCUUGGUUGUAGAUGCCAGCAGAGGAGAGUUUGAAGCAGGGUUUGAGACUGGUGGACAGACACGAGAACACGGGUUGUUGGUUCGCUCUCUCGGAGUAACACAACUGGCAGUUGCAGUCAAUAAAAUGGAUCAGGUCAGUUGGCAUCAGGAGAGAUUUCUGGAAAUUACCAGUAAACUUGGCCAGUUUCUUAAACAAGCUGGCUUUAAGGAGUCUGAUGUAGCUUAUAUCCCUACAAGUGGCCUUGGUGGUGAAAAUCUAGUCUCAGUAUGUCAAUCAAGUGAACUCACUGAAUGGUAUAAGGGAAAAUGUUUGUUAGAACAAAUUGAUUCUUUCAAACCACCUCAGAGAUCAGUGGAUAAACCCUUUAGAUUAUGCGUGUCUGAUGUCUUUAAAGAUCAAGGAUCAGGAUUUUGUGUGACUGGUAAAAUAGAAGCAGGCUAUAUUCAGACUGGAGAUAGACUUCUAGCUAUGCCUCCCAAUGAAACUUGCACUGCAAAAGGAAUCACACUGCAUGAUGAACCAGUUGAUUGGGCUGCAGCAGGAGAUCACGUUAGUCUCACUUUGACCGGCAUGGAUAUUAUCAAAAUCAAUGUUGGCUGUGUAUUUUGUGGUCUCAAAGAACCCAUCAAAGCAUGCACUCGUUUCAGAGCUCGUGUCCUCAUCUUUAAUAUUGAAGUCCCCGUUACUAAAGGAUUCCCUGUAAGUCUUCAACUAGUUGUCUCUUUGAACAUUCUGAUUUUCUUCAUAGGUGGCUCAGUAUUCUUGUUGAUUUAAAUAAAACAAUUUUGU